CUAGAUCAUCACACCGAGUGGUGGUGGAAAAAGAAGAAGAAAAGGAGCAAUGUCGGUCUGGGUAUUCAAUUCUAAUGGCGUAAUAACAACCCAGAAUGCUUCAAAGAGAAAGGCUUUGGUGCACUUGCCAACGGGGCAAGUGGUGUCUUCGUAUUCUUCUCUGGAGCAAAUACUGAGAGAAUUAGGGUGGGAAAGGUACUAUGAGGGUGAGUCAGAUCUUUACCAAUUCCAUAAACACUCUUCCAUUGACCUAAUCUCUCUGCCAAGGGAUUUCUCCAGGUUCUCCUCUGUUUACAUGUACGAUAUAGUGAUUAAGAACCCUAAUAUCUUCCAUGUCCGCGAUGUAUAGCGUAAGCUGUCUGCUGAUGUGUCUUCUCUUUGGACUAUAUAUAUAUAUAUAUAUAUACUGCUAGAGGUCAGCUAUAUGGAUAUAAGUGUGUCUUGUGA